GCGGAUUCGAAUUCAGAAACGCCUUAGACGAACGGGCAGAUGUAAACAGUGACGCACGUCCACAAGACUUCGGGAAAAAGUGUCAAAUUCGUUAUUUCUGUCUAUUUUCUGUCGCUGAUGUAGUUGGUCCAAGAUGUGGAAUAUUAUGACAAUAAAGGGCAUCAUCCUGGUGGUGAUGUUCGUGAUGACCUUUGUGUGUUCCAUGAUCCCUGUUAUUUUUGUCAAGCGUAUCCAGCACACACAUGACUCAGGACAGCGGUCAAAGUACCAGACCUGGCUCAGUCUUAUGUCCUGUUCAGCUGGUGGUGUGUUCAUGGGCACCUGCAUCAUGGACCUGUUCCCAGAUGUACAGCAACAAAUUGAAGUUUUAUUGGACCAAAGCACAGUGAUAAGUUCAUUCCCAGUAGCAGAGUUCAUCGUCAUCUUUGGAUUCCUGCUGGUGUUAACGAUGGAGCAGAUUGUUUUAGAUUACAAGGAAACAAGCUUACUCAGGAGGCCAGCUGAAGCUGAGGCCUUGCUCGGAGAACCCAACGAACGGAGACGAAACUUGCAGCAGCAGCACAGCCUGAGCGGCAUCACAGACCAGCCGGACCUUACAGCGUCAAUACGGAGUGAAACAGGUUCCCUAACCGGAUCAACGCGUGGGUAUGGGACAGCAGCAGAUAGUUGCGACCCCCAAGAUGGCCAUGGUCAUAGCCACUUGUUUAACCACUCCAUUCAUCAAGACAUUGCCUCACACUCUUCUCUUCGAUCUCUGCUUCUUCUGUUUGCUUUGUCCCUCCAUUCCAUAUUUGAAGGCUUGGCAGUUGGUCUUCAGGGCACAAUAGACGACGUUGUGGCCUUGUUCUUGGUAGUAAUCUUCCACAAAGGAAUUAUUGCCUUUUCUCUUGGCCUUAACAUGGUACAGUCCAAGCUAACUGUGGCACAG